AUGGCUGUCACCACUAGCAUGUGUUCAUCACCUUCACACCCUCCAAACCUUCCAACACUCUCACUUCCAACAAUUCCCGCUCCCUCACCUUCCAAGGUUGGCGUAAAUUUAGUCUCAAAUGACGCAUUGAUAGUUGCCGCUGCCGCUGAGGCGGUAACGCUUGCGCGUGCGGCGGCAAAGGCGGCUAGAGACGCCUUGGCGGAGGCAGCUAGUGUUGGUGAGGUUUGGAGUGGGAACAAGAGUAGUGAGUUGACUAUGAGGAGGAAAAAGAGGAAGAGAGGGAAAACGUUGGAGCUUUUGGACACGGAUGAGAAGAGUGAUGGUGAAGAUAUGAGGUUCUCAAUUGGGCCUAUGAAAUUGGGAUAUCUGAGCCCAAGAGAAGAGGCAGAGUGUUGCCUCAUCCUUAAGGAAGGAGCAAAACUAGAAGCAACAAGACUAAGAAUGACAAAUAGUGAAGACCAUGAACCAACCUCAAAAGAGUUGGCUAAGGCCAUGGGGAUGGAGAUGAGGAGCAUAGAUAAGAUGUUGUGUGACAAAAGAGAAUCACAAGAAAGGAUCUCUCGGAGUUACCGAAGAUUGGUUGUGUCGGUUGCCGCUGGUUAUCAAGGCAAAGGAUUAAGCUUUCCAGACCUUAUUCAGGAAGGUAGCGUUGGACUUCUUCGAGGGGCGCAGAAAUUCGAUCCGCAGAGAGGCAACAAGUUAUCAACCUAUGUCUACUGGUGGAUUAGACAAGCUAUCAUCAGAGCCAUAGAAAACAAAUCUAGAGUGGUCAGAUUACCGGGAAACAUGUGCGGAAUAGUAGCGAAAGUCACAGAAGCCAACAAUGUCUUGAACAAACGAUUAAGGCGCUUUCCUACCUAUGAUGAAAUUGCUCAAGUGGUCGGUGUGCAUGUUUCAACUGUAAGGCUAGUUUCCGAGAGGAUUAGACCUCCGAUUUCGCUGGAUCGAGCAAUAACCGAGCGAGGGUGCAUGACAUUGCAGGAGAUCAUACCGGGGCCGGAAGAAAUUUCGCCAGAGAAGAUGGUCAGGAAACAGCUAAUGAAGCAAGAGAUUGAGAAACUUCUCAAGACAGUACUGAGUGAUAGAGAAGCUAAUGUGUUGAGGUUGCACUUUGGGCUUAGUGGAGAUAUUCCUCUGUCUUGUGAGGAGAUAGGGAGAUUAUUAAAACUUUCAAGAGAGAGAAUCAGACAAAUAAAUGGUAUUGCCUUGUCAAAGUUACAACAAACAAACAUUGUAAACGACCUAAGAAUAUUGUACACUGAUAAUUGA